CCAUUUUUGCCAUUUUCUUUUUUUUCUUUUCUUUACACUGUAUAAUCAUGCCUCGUUCAGCUUGGAAGGGUCCUUUUUUUGUUGCAUUUCCUGGUUUGAAGCAAGCCGUUCAAAAUGGUACUCCUAUUGCCACACAAGCUCGUAGUUGUACUAUUUUACCAUCUUUUGUUGGACUCAAAUUCCUUGUGCACAACGGCAAAGACUACUUGCCAGUUCAUGUUACUGAAGAAAUGAUUGGACACAAGUUAGGCGAAUUUGCUUUCACUAGAAAGCGUUUCAGCUAUCGUUUCACUAAGGCCAAAUAGACACUUUCUUGCAUCAUUUAUUUAUACACACCUAUCACCAUCUUGCCACAAUAAAACUAUUUUCUCUCUCCCC